AUGGCGGCGACGAUGACGUCGAUCCGGGCCCUCGCGCCCGCGCGGAGGGCAGGGCGCGUCCCCUCGCCCCGUCCCCCGCGCGCGUCGUCGUCGUGUUCCUCGGAAGCCCCGAAUCGUCAGACGAACCCUCCGUCGUCGUCGUCGUCCGAUGGUAUCCGGGGAUGCGACGCCGUCGCCGGCCGCCGCGUCGUCUCCCUCGCGGCGCUCGCCACCGCCCUCGGCUCCCCGCGUCUCGCCCUCGCCAACGUCGUCGGCGACGACGCCGGCGAACCCACCGGCCUGGACCCCGCGGGCGCCCGACCCAGACUGCGCAAGUGCCCCGCGACGUUCAACUGCGUCUCGACAUCCUCCACGGGGGGCGCGCCCGAGCAGUUCGCCACCGCGUGGACCGCGCCGGUGAAGAACCUGGACGAGGCGAUCGCGCAGAUCACCGCCGCGACGUUGAGGGCGUGCCCGGACGCCAGGAAAUUGGACUCCUUCGAGACGGACGACGGGAGCAGGUACGUGCGGUUCGCCGUGUUGGGCAAGCUGGGCGAGGACAAUGUGGAGUUUUUAAUCAAGAACGAGGGCAUCGGCGAUCGCGGGUGGGACGGGGACGACGACCAAAGACGGGACUACCUCGUCACGUACCGGUCUUUCGCCACGACUGUGAAGUACGUGUACCCGUUCAUGACGCCGGUGAGCGACCUCGGAGAGCAGCGGAAGCGCAUGGAACGCAUCAGGGCGGAGGUGGAGUGGCCGAGGGUCGGCUGCGAGAUCGAGGGGUUCUGCGACAACGACCUCUAG